CUGGCGGGGUGGGGAGAGGCAGAGGACGAAGUGAAAUCCCUUUGCUGGACAUGAGGCGGCUUCAGAGACAAACAACACAAUGCGAGUGCAAAUAACAAAAGGGAAAAAAAAAAAAAAGGAGAACGAGAGGGAGACCGGGAACAAUGGGGGAGGAGAGGAGGCUCGCCGCGCCGCGCCUGGCCGCCGCCGGCACCCCGGCAGGCAGGAGGAGGAGGAGGAGGCGGAGGAGGAAGGCGAGGUGGCGGUAGCGGGGAGGGGGCUGCGUGGGGACUCCCCCUGGCGCGCCUGGGCUGCCUCAGACCAUCCCCGAUCUCCUCCCCGCCCGUUCCGCCGCGCUCCGGGGCGGCCCUGCGCGGCGGCCACCGGACCCCCGUCCGGGCGCUGGAACCCGAGAGGGAAGCAGAAGUUUGGGGUCCCACCGCGCCCUUCCCCUCCGCGCUCUCCCUCAGGAGCCGGCGAUGAGGCGGCGGGUUCGAAGCCCCCCGGUGUCCCCCCGCGGGCCCAGGGGUUACCUCAGCGGCGGGCGGGGGCCGGCAGGACUGCUGCUCUCUGCUCCCUCCUGGAACCCUUGCCCGGGGCGGAGGGGCCCGGGCAGCCCCCGCUGUGUCACCGCUCCCCCAGGCAGGCGGGGAGCGAACGCCCUGUCUCCGCUGCCCGCCUCUGCCCCGGACCCCACGGUUACCUCCUCCUCCUCCUCCUCCUCCUGCUUCUCCGCCAGCACCCCCCGCCCGCUCCUCGGGGGAGCGCAGCCGUGUCCCGGGCUGGCCCCGCGGGGACCCGGCCGGGCGCUCCCGGGGCUCCGCGCCUGGGCGGGGGGUACGCGUGGCUGGGUGUGUGGGGAGUUGUGUUUUCCUCUGGGCAGCCUCUUGCUCUGCCUGUCCCUGACCCGGCUGCUCGGGAGCCCGUCCUGUGCCGCGGGGUGCGAUGCGCCCCGGGGCGCGGGGGGUCGGCGGCCGCGGCCCCACGGCCGGGAGGGGUUUGA